AUGUCGGUGCUUGUGAAUGGUAUCCGUACGAAGGAGUUUGUGGUGGAGAAAGAAUUAAGAAAAGGUGAUCCGCUUUCGCCGUUUCUCUUUGUUAUUGUUGCGGAGGGUUUGAAGGGGUUAGUUUCUAAGGCCAUGAUGGUUGGGGAAUUUGUUGCUUUCUACACUAGGAGGGCUUGUAGUGUGGAUAUUUUACAAUUCGACGACGAUACUUUAUUGUUGGGUGAAGGGAGUUGGAAGCAAGUUUGGGUGAUCAAGGCUAUUUUAAGAGGUUUUGAAAUUGUUGCGGGCCUUGGGAUCAACUACCAUAAAAGUAAACUAAUUGGUAUCAACAUUGGUGAAAAUUUCUUGGAUUUCACUUCUUACUUUUUGUCUUUUAGGAGGGAGGAUAUUCAUUUCAUCUUUCUUGGUAUUCCUAUAGGAAUCAAUCCUAUAAGUAUUUCGUCUAGGCAUAUCAUUUUGAGUAAGAUUAAGUCUAGGCUCUUGGAUUGGAAGGCUCGUAUUUUAAGUUUUGGUGGAAGGUUAACUCUUCUUAAAUCUGUUCUUUGUAGUCUUUCGAUCUUCAUGUUGUCUUUUUUUAUAAGGCGCCCAAGAAGAUUUUAA